AAAAGGACGAUCGUUGGAUGUUUCAAUGAGUAGUUCUUUGUUGUGGCUUUGAAGACGCUGUUUCUGUGGCUAAGCAAAAUCUAUUUAUUUCGCAAUUCAAACGUUCAACUAUUUUUUAUAAAAUGUGGAGUAAAAUUCUGAUAAUGUCGAUUGUUGUGGGUGUAUGCCUUGCAGCAACGGUUCCGGUUGAAAAAGUAGAAGAGAAACCAGUGCCAGCUGCUGCUGCUGUUGAUGAGGCUGCUGCCAUUGCUACUGGUGAAGAUCUUAAGACAGACGAAACGAACGGAAGACAAUUUGGAGGUUAUGGUUUUGAUUUCGGUGGAUUUGGAGGCUAUGGAGGAGUAUACUAUCCCGGUUCCUUCGGUGGAUAUGGUGGUUACGGUGGAUCGUGGGGAGGUGGGCAUCAACAUUCGCACGGCGGCUAUGGCGGAUAUGGCGGAGGUGGGUAUCCACACGGAGGUGGGUAUGGUCACCAUCAUCACCAUGGCUAAUUUUGAUUUAAAUAUAUUUCGAAAUGAAUCAUCAUAAAUUACUGUCAAUAAAAACAAAUAUGAUUUGACCGAAAGAA